AUUAUAGUCGAUUCGAAAUUUAGACUAUUCGAUAUUAAGAUUGUCAUCAUCUUUCCCUCGAAGCGUGUGCGAUUUCAGCGACAACUGUGGACGAAAUACGAACUACAAGCGUAAAUAUGGAACACUGCUUUUAUCAUGCGAGUGUAUAAACUUGAUAGAUUAUAACUCAUGCGUCAUAACAAUUGAAUUCGUUAGGUUAGGACAGUCAAUGUUAGUACGUCGUGGACUCAACUUCUCUAUAUAAUUCUAUAUAAUUUUUAAAAGUGGUGUGCAUCUUGCAGUGAUCUGUAUUAGAUACGACAUUGUUACGCAUUUGUUUCCUAAAACAUGCAUAGAGAAUGAUUUGUUAAAAAUAAUUUGUAUAUAUUAUAACACAAGAUGUAUUUAUCGAUGAAUAAUCAUCUUUCGAAAUUAUCAAGAAAAUGAUAGUUUGCGCAAAAAGCUACACAUUAUUCCCUGCACUAUAAGUUUGAUGACAGGUCAACAUCAUAACAACAAUUGUAAUUGAAGAAAGAAGAAGAAUAUAAUUCUACAAGAAUGAAUUUGGAAUUAUUAGAAUCAUUUGGUCAGAAUUAUCCAGAGGAAUUUGAUGGUACAUUGGAUUGUAUAUCACUUGCUGUGACAUGUACAUUCAACAAACGAGGAACCUUACUUGCUGUUGGUUGCAACGAUGGUAGGAUAGUUAUAUGGGAUUUCCUGACUCGUGGGAUUGCAAAGAUCAUCAGUGCACAUGUACAUCCUGUUUGUUCAUUGAGUUGGUCUAGAAACGGGCAUAAGUUGCUGAGUGCUUCCACGGAUAAUAAUGUUUGCAUAUGGGAUGUUUUGUCUGGAGAAUGCGAUCAGAAAUACAGGUUUCCUUCUCCAAUCUUAAAAGUUCAAUUUCAUCCAAGAAAUUUAAAUAAAUUUUUGGUAUGUCCAAUGAGACAUGCUGCUGUAAUGGUCGAUGUCGAAGGUACACACAGGGUUAUACCUCUUGAUGAAGAUAGCGAUUUAAAUAUAGUAGCAUCAUUUGAUAGAAGAGGUGAUUAUGUAUAUACUGGAAAUGCUCGAGGCAGAAUUUUGGUCUUAGAUGCAGAAUCUUUAACUGUUAAGGCAUCUUAUAAAAUUUCACAAGGUACUGCCAGUAACACGGCAGUAAAGAGCAUUGAAUUUGCAAGACGUGGUUCAUGUUUUCUUGUUAAUACUUCCGAUAGAGUAAUUCGUGUGUACGACAGUACAGAGAUACUGGCAUGUGGGAAAGAUGGUGAACCAGAGCCGAUUCAAAAACUACAAGAUCUUGUAAAUAAAACAAUGUGGAAAAAGUGCUGUUUUUCUGGAGAUGGAGAAUACGUAUGUGCUGGCUCUGCUAGACAACAUGCAUUAUAUGUUUGGGAAAAAAGUAUUGGAAACUUAGUUAAAAUUUUGCAUGGAACUAAAGGAGAACUAUUAUUAGAUGUCGUGUGGCAUCCAGUAAGACCUAUCAUAGCUUCCAUUUCAUCAGGAGUAGUUUCUAUUUGGGCACAAAAUCAAGUAGAAAACUGGUCUGCUUUUGCACCAGAUUUUAAAGAAUUAGAUGAAAAUGUAGAAUAUGAAGAAAGAGAAAGUGAAUUUGAUUUAAGCGACGAGGAUAAGUCCGUAGUACAAGGUGAAGAAGCUCAAGAUGAAGAAAUCGAGGUAGAUGUAGCAUCUAUCGACAGAGUUGCUGCCUUUUGUAGUUCAGACGAAGAAACGGAAGACAUAGGUUCUCUUCAAUUUUUACCAAUAUCUCCAGAUGUAGAGGAUUCAGAGGAUAACCAAACUUCUCCUCAUGAACCACCAAUAAAGAAACAUCGUUCACAUAAUAUCGAUUUACAAGGUGCACCAACUGGAGAAUGUUGAUCUCGAGAUCAUUCCGGCGAAUUACAAAAAAAUGGUUCAAUAUGCAAAAGAAAACAACACAAGGAGUACAAUCAGCGAAGGAGGCAGUUUUUCGCGGAGGUGUUAUUAUCGUCAGUGCUAUUCUGAUU